AAGUGGCGAGGUUAUAAGCUGUUAACAAAAUUGGGGUUUUACAAGUUUCGUCGGAAAGCGGUAUCAGCGGCAUAUUCUGAUUGCAUUUGGUUUCUCGAAGCUUCGGCAACAAUGGCGUCGUUCGAUGAAGCACCUCCCGGAAACGCUAAAAACGGCGAGAAAAUCUUCAAAACGAAGUGCGCUCAGUGCCACACCGUCGAGAAAGGUGCCGGCCACAAGCAAGGACCCAAUCUGAAUGGUUUGUUUGGAAGGCAAUCUGGCACUACUCCUGGAUAUUCCUAUUCUACUGCUAACAAAAACAUGGCUGUGAUUUGGGAGGAAAAGACUUUAUAUGAUUACUUGCUCAACCCCAAAAAGUAUAUUCCAGGGACGAAGAUGGUAUUUCCUGGUCUUAAGAAGCCUCAGGAACGUGCAGAUCUUAUUGCAUUUCUGAAAGAAUCCACUACACAAUGAUUAAAUAUCCAUACUUACAGUAUGCAUUGUGCUUUUGAAAUUCUGGAGAUUUAAGUUUCAGACAUUCAAUUCUGUGGUGCAGUAAGUACCGUAUCAAAUAAAGUAGACUUGAUUGGUUUGCAAUGCUAUUUUGUUCAUUUUGCAUUGCUUCUUAAGAGGUUGCCAUAAAUUGGCCGGACUAUGGCUCAAUUAAUUUACCUGUUGAAAGUUGAAACAUUCUUAUCAAUAUUUAGUUAUUUGGAAUCACAAUUUAGUCUCUCAUUGCGGGGUAAGUGGAUUGAGUCUUGAUAUUUUUUAUUUUUGUUUUCUUAGCUGAAUGCAAUAAUAUGCAAGAUUCUUACAAAGAAAGUCAUGGUAUGGGAAAGGGAGAGGGUUGGCUAAAUUUAAAGCGUUGCUGGUAUAUUGAGAUUCAAUUUAGGAUCAAACAGACCUAAAGAAAUUCGAGUUAACCGAUCUUGCAUUUUAUUACGGCAAGUCUGAAUUAGGAGUAGAUCUGCACUUGGACGUAAUCUAAUUGGUGACUUAUCUUUCCAUUGUCAUGUGAUGGAGGCAGUUGCAAUGAGAGUCUAUAACUAUGAUGAGUAAACUAUCAAAUAAGUCUUCAAAAGUAUAAUUAUUAGUUAGUCUAAUGAUCAUUAUGAUGUAUCACUUAUAGUUCAUUCCCAUGUUUUAAGGGAGCCUUAUGGUAUGUGUAAGAACAUUUUCUAGUUGUACUAAUGGCAUUUUCUUCAUCGGUGGAUGUAACUUUUGAUUGCCAAUGCUCUUCGUUAGUUCACAUCCCUUACAAGUUGUAUAUAUCAAUAACCUUUUAC